AUGCAAGAGGAAGACCUUAACAAAGGAUCGCCUGUCUCGCAAUUCCACUCCUCGCCUUUGAGUCGUUCAAAUACUGUGCGUACUUCCAGCGACCAACAGCAUAACUGGGCUUCGGAUCGAUCACCGCUCCAAAAGCUUGAAGUAGCUUUGGGCGGAAUCAGUAAAGAAGAAAAGCGAGCGCGUGCUCUGGAGGCCGAGAGAAAGCUGAAGGAGCGCAUGGCGGCAGCAUCCGCCAAAUCUGCAGUAAACCCUGUGCCUCCAGUGCCAAUCGCGCCUCAACCGGGUGCUUCUUCUUCUUCUCCUCCCCGGUCUUCUACCCAGAAGGUAAAACAACCUGAUAGCCGAAACGAGGAGGAACUAGAGAAUAUAAGUGCCCAGCCGGAGCCAGCUCGCGAACGACCUAGGACUGCCCGCGGUGGAGCACCGGCUUUUCAGCCUGCUGUGGCACGCCCACUGGAAGAAUCGCAGUAUGCUAGAAAUAAGCCUCGGGGCACGCAGGUGGUGAAAGCGGGCACCGUCCCACGACGCUCAGUUUCUGUCAAUUAUCAAUCUGAUGGAGCGCGCAUGGCUCCCCAGGCACCGAACCAGAACCAAGGUCCAAUUAACCGCAACCCCCUCUCUCGUGGUUCUGUCCCCUCGGGUCCUCCAAGAAUGCCUGACAGUGGCCAAAAUUAUCGACAACAGCAACAACAACAACCUGGGCAUCAUUCCUUCAACAAUAAGGGCUGGGCUUCGGCACCCAGUAGCGGCCUGCAACAGGUGGGAACGAACGGACAACCCUUUCAAGACCUAGCUACUACCGGCCCUGCUGUCACCAAUCUGAACAACCCAAAUGAGAUUUGGGAUGUCGAAAAAUCGGUAGAACUCGGAGGACUUGACAAGCUCCAAAACUCGCAAUCGAAGCCCAAACGAAAUACCGUUUCAUUCAAUGUUCCACCACCAACACCCCCUCCUCUAUCAGAAUGGAAGACUGCACCAACCGGACGACUCAAUAUGUCCGAUUUUGACUUUCAGAACCUGGAUGUUGACAAGAGCAAGGCUUGGUGGGAGGGGGGGGAAACCCAGAAUCGCAGGCAGAGUAGAGCGCUCCCGAAAAAUUAUCAAAAGCCACCCGCUCAAAAGUUAACAUCCCACAAGCGUUUCCAGCCCUUAAUCUUUUUGAAGUGUGGGCCCUUGCUUCGCUACACUGGAUUGAAACGUGUGCGAGUCGAUGGACCCCAUGGGCCGGUUGAGAAAGAAACCUGGAGAGGCAGCAUAUUAAUUGUCACGAAGGACUCAGUCUCCUCAUAUGAACCGCGACCUACCAUACGGUUGUUCUCCCAGCCGAUGGACAUUCUUCCUCCCCCUCCUGCGGAGAUCAACAGCGAGGGGGUGCAGCUUGCGCCUGAAUAUAUCGACCCAACAGCUGGGCUGAUGAAGCUAGGUCGUGAUGGGCGCCCUCUCUACGUGAAGCCGGUUGAACAUACGGAGGAAGAACUAGAUCUUUCCUUGGUUGAAAGCGACGAUGGCAUCUACGAAAUGUCCGCCAGCGCUGUUGACCACAACAGCGAGGGAACCAAACAACCAAUCCCGGCCAAUAGAAUUCAUUCAAUGGACGGCGAGACGGCUGGAACGUACAAAGAGAUUACUGGCUUCCGUCUGUAUGCUGAUUCCGGGAGAGAUGUCACGUUUUGGAGGUUCAACAUUGAGAUUGAGCUCGGGGAGAAGCAACAGCGGGUUGCAUAUCGUCUAAACCAAGGACCAGCUAUCGGGUUUUGGGUGCCCGCCAAAGGCCAGUCGAUGAAUAUCAUGUUCCAUUCCUGCAACGGCUUCACCCCAGGCGUAGAUUCGAACAAGUUCUGUGGCCCCGACCCUCUGUGGCGAGAUGUACUCAACGAACAUCAAACUCGGCCCUUCCAUGUGAUGAUUGGAGGUGGAGAUCAGAUCUUCAACGAUAAUGUUAUUGCCAACUCCUUGCAUUUCCAGGAAUGGCUUAAGAUCAAAGAUAGUUAUGACAAAUACGACGCUCCGCUCCACGUGGAAUUCAAGGCCGAAUUGGAAAUGUCCUAUCUGGAGAACUACUCGAGGUGGUUCUCUCAGGGUCUUUUCUCCCUUGCCAGCUCUCAAAUACCCAUGGUGAACAUUUGGAAUGACCAUGAAAUUCUUGAGGGAUUCGGGUCCUAUCCGGAUGAAUUUAUGAGCUCACCGGUAAUCUCGGGACUUGGUAAUAUUGCCUUCAAAUAUUACUUGCUCUUCCAGCAUCAUAGUGUGCCAGAGGAAACUGAGGUGGACGAACCUAGCUGGCUUCUUGGAGCAGAGCCAGGGCCGUAUAUUAACCAACGCAGUCGAAAUAUCUUCCUGUCCCUCGGUGGUGGGAUGGCUCUUCUUGGAUUGGACUGCAGAACGGAACGAAUGUGUGACGAAAUAUUAACCGAACAUACUACUGAUCUGAUUUGGGACCGAUGCCACCGUGAACUUACAAAAGGUGAAACCAAGCAUUUAAUAGUGUUGUCGAGCAUUCCGGUUGCCUAUCCUCGAGUGGCGGUAGUCAAGAACAUCCUCAAUAGCCGCCAAUCACUCGGUAAAGCUGGUUUAUUUGGCGGAUUCGUUAACAAGCACGGCGGUAAAGUUGAGAUUUUUGAUGACCACUGGACAGCCAAACACCACAAAUCCGAACGGACAUACUUGAUAGAGGACCUCCAAGAUUUGGCUGCGGAGAAAUCUAUUCGAGUAACAAUUUUAAGUGGUGAUGUGCAUCUGGCCGCAAUAGGACAAUUUUAUUCAAACCCGAGCUUGAAUAUACCCAAAGAUAAAGACUAUCGAUACAUGCCUAACAUCAUUGCAUCCGGAAUUGCAGACAUGCCCACAACCGAAAUGAUUUCGGACACACUUAACAGACGUAAUCACGUCCACCAUAUGGACACCAACACGGACGAAGACAUGAUACCUAUUUUCACACAUGAUGUGAAUAACAAGGCACGAAAUAACAAGCGCUUGCUACCACGGCGGAACUGGUGUUCCAUUCGUGUAUAUCAGCCAGGCUCUACACCAGCAGCAACUCCAAAAACCGAAGCAUCAUCACCUACUCCAGAGGAGCCGCGCCCGAACAUGCUCCAGAGAACUCUGUCAUUAACCCGUGGAGAUAGGCCUCAGGGUGGCCUUCUUCGACGACUCUCACACAAAGGACGCCCUCCAACCAAGGAAUUCAACCUCGGCGGAGCCGCUGCUGGCCGACGGAUGAGUAUGGACUCAUCUUUGCCCCCGGCAGGAACAGGCGAAUCUUAUUUCCCGCCCCCUGAAGACUUCCGGCCUGGUCCAUUCCUUCGCCGUCCCACGAACCUAAGCCAAAAGGCAGCCAAGAAAGCUGCUAAACGGGAGAACGAUGGCGCAGGUACUUUUGUCAACUUAGAAGGAGGAUUAGCUGUGACUCUGAACCUCGAACUUAACCCUAAAGACCCAUCGGGUAUCACAGCACCGUACAAACUCCUCGUUCCUGCGUUAUGGUAUGACGGUACUGAGUACGAUCCCCCCGCGGCACCAAUUACCAAGGGAUGGCGAAAAUGGCUCGGAAUGCGUCGAAACAACGCGAGCAAGCAUUCAGCGGCCGACAACAACGAAGCGGAAUACGGGUUCAAUGACGAGGGAGAGGAGUACAAUAGAGAAGGGGAGGAGGAGGUCAAUGAAGCCAGAGCGCAUGGCCAUGGACCUCUCGAUGACGAAUAUGAGUCUGAUCUAGACCUGGAACCCGAACCUGACGUCCAAGAGAAUCCAAAACGGAGGAAGUGGUUUGGCCGGCGGCUGUAA